GCCGGGUCCCGUCCCCGUCGUGCCCCCCGCCGCACGCGCCCCCCUCCCUCCUUGAUUGCUUUUCGCCCUCGGAAGUUGGCGUUGGGGCUGCUUCACUGACAGACGUCCAUCGCGGUUCUCUUCACUAAGCAGGAGUCUCUGGAUACUGCGCGUUUUCUGGAGAGCGCUCCCCCCUCCCCAUCCCCUUCUCCCGCCCUCGCAGCGCAAAGUUAGUUUGCACCAUGGACAUGAAGAGAAGGAUCCACCUGGAGCUGAGGAACCGGAUGCCCGCCGAUGUAAAAGAACUUGUUCUGGACAACUGCAGGUCCGAUGAAGGGAAGAUUGAGGGGUUGACAGCAGAGUUUGUGAACUUAGAGUUCCUCAGCUUAAUAAAUGUCGUGUUGAUUUCAGUUUCGAACCUCCCGAAACUUCCCAAGUUGAGAAAGCUUGAGCUCAGCGACAACAGGAUUUUCGGAGGGCUUGAUGUGCUGGCUGAAAGGCUUCCAAACCUCACACAUCUAAACCUUAGUGGAAACAAGCUGAAGGACAUUAGCACGUUGGAACCACUGAAAAAGUUGGUGUUCCUGAAAAGCUUGGACCUGUUUAACUGUGAAGUGACAAAUUUGAAUGACUACCGGGAAAAUGUCUUUAGCCUUCUACCACAGUUGACUUACCUGGAUGGAUAUGACCGGGAUGACAGAGAAGCUCCUGAUUCUGAUGCUGAGGUAGAUGGUGUGGAUGAAGAUGAUGAUGAUGAGGAGGCCGAGGAGGACGACGAGGAUGAGGAAGAGGAGGAGGAGGAGGAUGAAGAUAUCGAAGAGGAGUUUGAGGAAGAGGAAGAUGACGAGGAGGAAGUAGAUGGAGAAGAUGAGGAGGAUGAAGGCAGUGGAGAGGAAGAGGACUUUGGACAAGGAGAGAUGGAGGAAGAAGAUGAAGAUGAAGAUGAUGAAGAGGAAGAUGAAGAAGAGACUGGAAGAGGUGAGAAGAGGAAGAGAGAAAGUGAUGAUGAUGGGGAUGAAGAAGAUUACUAAAACCCCAGGUUACCUGAAAAGAACUUUUCAGUAUUGGUUGAAUUACCCCUAUGGAGUUUUGCUAAUGAGGAGUAUGUGCAAGCAGUUGGAGCUGUAUAACAAGCCCUAGGAUAUCCAAAGAGCCAAAGAAAUCGUUCUUCUGACAUUCCACGUUUUUUCCAGUCAAUCCCUCUUGGCUACCCACCAGGUGGUUUUUUUGUUUUGUGUGGUUUUUUUGUUGUUGUUAGGGGUUUUUUUUCCAGAAUAAAUACACAAACUGGGGGCAUAGUAAAGUGAUUCCAUCCUUUUACUGUUGUUGAGUUCUUAGGUUUUCAUAUAAGACUUGCUCUAAAGAAAAGAACAGUUGCGAGUGGUGAGUCAUAAUUGUCAGUGACUACCAGGUAACACCAGAUUGUAGUACUGUUUUUACUUUCUGUAAAACAAGAACUUGUAAAUAAAACCUUAACGUUUUGGGGUUUGCUCUUUUCCAUUUGUUUGGUUUUGCAACCUUUGAAUGUUUUUACAGUAGGAUGUUUUAUGCAACAACUGCAGAAAAAUAUUUUUAAGAAUUGAAUAAAAUAAACCUGUUUGGUAAA